AAUCGUGAAACUCUCUCAUUUUUCCUAGGGCGCUAACCUAAUCCAGGGCAGAGAAGAGAAAAACAAAGUUAGACUGGUCAGCGAGAGGAGUACAGAGCGAGGAUGAGCUUCCUUCCACAUUUCUCCAUUGAGACCUGGGCUCUUCUGAUCACCCUCCUCGCUCUCCUGAUACUAUAUGGGAUCUGGCCACAUGGUUUAUUUAAGAAACUGGGUAUUCCUGGGCCAACACCCCUGCCUUUCUUUGGGACCAGCUUGGAGUAUGGCAAAGGUGUAGUGGACUUUGACAAAAACUGCUUUCAGAAAUAUGGGAAAAUCUGGGGGUUUUAUGAAGGCAGACAGCCUGUGCUGGCCAUCCUGGAUUCUACACUCAUUAAAACUGUGCUGGUGAAAGAGUGCUACACCACCUUUACCAACCGACGGAGAUUUGGUCCAACAGGAUUGCUAGAGUCGGCUGUCUCCAUCGCUGAGGAUGAGCAGUGGAAGAGGAUUCGCACUGUGCUCUCUCCAACCUUCACCAGUGGGAAGCUAAAGGAGAUGUUUCCCAUCAUGAUGCAUUAUGGGAAGGUUUUGGUGAGAAAUGUUCAGAAGCAAGUGGAAAAGGAUGAACCCAUAGCUGUUAAAGAUGUGUUUGGUGCCUACAGCAUGGAUGUUAUCACAAGCACUUCGUUUGGUGUGAAUAUUGACUCAAUGAACAAUCCCCAAGACCCAUUUGUGAAGGAGGUUAAGAAACUAGUGAAGUUUGAUGUCUUUUCCCCACUCUUUAUUUUGAUAUAUGUAUUUCCAUUCCUUACUCCUCUUCUUAAGAUGCUGAAUGUGAGCAUUUUCCAAAGUGAUGCCCUGGAAUUCUUCGCACGGUCAAUCACCAAAAUAAAGGAAAAGCGCAAGAGAGACACCCCCACGGAUCGAGUGGAUUUCCUGCAGCUGAUGAUUGACUCCCAGAAUUUAAACACCAGUCACAAGAGCAAUGGGUUGGAUCACCCAAAUAAAGUCCUGACUGAUGCUGAGAUUCUGGCACAAGCAAUUAUCUUUAUUUUUGCUGGCUAUGAGACCACCAGCUCCACUCUUGGCUACUUGGUUUACAGUCUAGCUACUCACCCUGAUGUACAGCAGAAGCUGCAGGAGGAGAUAGACUCUGUUCUUCCCAACCAGGCGCCUCUCACGUAUGAUGCCCUGAUGCAGAUGGAGUAUGUUGACAUGACACUGAGUGAAACCCUCAGGCUCUUUCCUUAUGGAGGGCGAAUUGAAAGGGUCUGCAAGAAAGAUGUAGAGAUAAAUGGAGUGACCAUUCGCAAGGGCACUGUCGUUAUGAUCCCAUCCUUCCUUAUGCAUCAUAUCCCAGAAUACUGGCCAGAACCAGAGGAGUUCAGACCUGAAAGGUUCAGUAAAGAGAACAAAGAGACCAUGGAUCCUUAUAUGUACUUGCCCUUUGGAGCUGGACCCAGGAACUGCAUUGGAAUGAGAUUUGCUCUCCUCUCCAUGAAAGUUGCUAUCACCAGUCUGCUGCAGAAUUUCAGCUUCAGACCCUGCAAAGAAACUCCGAUACCUCUCAAACUGUUUUCAAAAGGAUUCAUAACUCCAGUGGAACCUAUCAUUCUGAAGUUAGUCUCCAGAACCACAGAAUUGAAGGAGUAAAAUCCAGUGGCGUUUUAUAGCAGCUCUUCAGAGGUCAAUAGCUGCUGUACCAACAGAUGCUGUACACAUUGUUCUGGGAAGCUGAUUUAGACGCACAAGAGCUUAAUUCAGAAGACAGUUGCUAAAUAUUUGCAGAAAAGCAUGACUAGAGAGACAGAGAAAGUGGAUGAGGUAAGGAACCAUUAGAAACUGUGCUAACUACUUAUGCUAAACUAUCUGUUCAAUCUUGUAUUUAGCUGUGACACUCCUGAGCACCUUUCCCAGGCCUGGAGAGGAGCUCUGUGUAGCUGGAAAGCUUGUGUCUCUCUCACCAACAAAAGUUGGUCCAAUAAAAGAUAUUACCUCACCCAGUUUGUCUCUCUACUAUCCUGGGAUCAAUGUGGCUACAACAACACUGCAUAUAAAAAGCAUGGGCAAACCAUGUUCAGUAUUGUUAGCUAAUGAAACUCAACCACACCUAACCCUUGUUGACAGACAUGACUGCUGGCAACUGUGCUGAGUCAGGCGCUGUUAAAUUUCAGUGCAGGCCAGGUCUGGCUCUCUUUUAGCGGUAUUCCUUCCCAAAAGGGAGAAAAGUACAGUCUCUUUCAAGAUGCAGAAGAGACUUGUUUGAUACCAACAGGAAUCAGUUAUUAUUAAUAAUGAUUAUUGAAUGGGAAUAUUGGUGAUGAAAAAUGGGUGCAUGACAAGAUUCUUUUUGAAUAGUGCAAAUAGUUCUUGUCUGGAUACAGUUCAGCAAACAAACUGUUUGGCUGCAGUAAGGCUAUAUUCUGCUAACUAAUCGCUUGUGUAAUGCAUCUAUUGUAUAAAGUGGUAAUUUACA